AUUAACUCUACCAUCACCUAUAAAGAUUAAAACUUGACCUUAAGAAAUCUGUUCAAAUCAUUGAAUUUAAUCAUGUUAGUGUCACAUCAAAAUCUGGGACAAUAUCUUAAUGCACGAAAAGGAAAGUACUCUCUAUCGAGUAUUAUAUAAACGUGUGUUUGGGAACUAAUGGAAGUUGUAAAUUGCUAAACACUCACAAGAAUCAAUUAUGGCAUCGGCAACUAACGUGUUUGGCGAGCCCAUCACUGAAAAUGUUGUGAUGGGAAUCCCGGAGUAUGCGAACAGGGCACGCCAAAUCAGAGCAGAUGUGGCUAAGCAAUGGAAAGGAAAAGAUUGUAAGUACGAAGAAGCUUUGGGAUACGUGAAGGCAUUGAAGAGGCAAUGGGGCACUGGAGCCUCCACACUCUGCCUGGUUUACAAUGCUACCGGUGAACCAUUGACCUUUGUUACUAGUCAUGAUUGGUUUGGGCACAUUUACCAGACAUGCCCACGGGUGAUAGCAAAUGGGCAGUGGGGUGGGUUUUUGCAUGUGAAAGCUGCUGUGGCAGCUUCUGGUUCAGAGGCAGCCGUCGUUUAUCGCGGCAAAAAUAAGGAUGGAAGAGCCACUGACUGGCUGCUGGCUUGGGACAACCCUUGGAGAGUUGACCUUGACAAACAGGCGUAUGUUGAGAUCCACGAAGCUGGCUACUUUGAAAGGGUUGACUGGGGGGCAAUUGCCAAAAGCUUAGAAGGGGCUACUUCUCAUCAUUAUGCGACAUGGGAAGGAUGCAUUGCAUACGUAAAGAUAGAAAAUGAUACUUCUCCUCUUUAUGAAGCAGUACUUUCACUUGAAUAAACUGUUUUUAUUAUAUCUAUAACAUCUAUAAGGGUGAGAAAAUGCCACUACCUAGGCAGUAUAACAAUAGUCUUUAGCUUUUAGGUUUAAUGGUUAAGAAAGCUUAAAAGAACAUGCAAGGUAAAAGCUCAAAUUUCACUAUCUUGUCAAUUUGUCAUGUAUUUAUAGUUGUAAUAUAAGAGUAUGUGUGUGUAAACUCUUAU